AUGCAGUCCACCGCGGCCGUCUCCGUCUCCGCCUCGGCGACCGCGUCCCGCGGCGGUGCCAGAUCCGAGGCUGCGCGGCGGCCAGGUGGGGUCCGGGUCUGCGGACUCCGGGGCGAGGCCCUCGCGUGUCCCUCGCUGCGGAUCUCGCAGUCGCCAGCGAGGCUGGCGGUGGCGAGGGCGGCGGCGACCAAUGGCGCGGUGGCGGGGAGCGGCGGCGGCUUCGACUACGACCUCGUCAUCAUCGGCGCGGGCGUCGGGGGUCACGGCGCCGCGCUCCACGCCGUUGAAGAGGGUUUGAAAACAGCCAUAAUUGAGGGGGAUGUUGUGGGUGGGACUUGUGUAAACAGAGGUUGUGUCCCAUCGAAAGCACUCCUUGCUGUCAGUGGUCGAAUGCGGGAGCUUCAUGAUGAACAUCAUAUGAAGUCUAUGGGUCUACAGGUUUCCUCUCCUGGAUAUGACAGGCAAGGUGUUGCUGAUCAUGCAAACAAUCUUGCCUUGAAAAUCCGUAGCAACUUGACUAACUCAAUGAAAGCUCUGGGAGUGGAUAUAUUGACAGGUGUUGGCACUAUUGUGGGAAAGCAAAAGGUACGAUAUGGAAAAGCCGGUUCCCAAGAUAAAGAAAUCACUGCCAGGAACAUCAUAAUUGCCACUGGUUCAGUUCCUUUUGUUCCCAAAGGGAUUGAGAUUGAUGGGAAAACUGUAUUUACCAGUGAUCAUGCACUGAAACUUGAGUCAGUUCCAGACUGGAUAGCUAUUGUUGGAAGUGGUUACAUUGGACUUGAAUUCAGUGAUGUAUACACAGCCCUUGGAAGUGAGGUUACUUUCAUUGAAGCUCUUGACCAGCUGAUGCCUGGAUUUGAUCCUGAAAUUGCAAAAUUAGCCCAGAGAGUUCUUAUCAAUCCUCGGAAAAUUGACUAUCACACUGGUGUUUUUGCAAGCAAGAUUACUCCAGCAAAAGACGGAAAACCUGUGCUCAUCGAGCUUAUUGAUGCAAAGACAAAGGAGCACAAAGAAACCCUUGAGGUUGACGCAGCUCUUAUCGCCACAGGAAGGGCGCCAUUCACCAAAGGGCUUGGCUUGGAAAACAUCAAUGUCGUUACACAACGUGGUUUUGUGCCUGUUGAUGAACGGAUGCGAGUCAUGGAUGCAGAUGGCAAUGUGGUACCCAAUUUAUAUUGCAUUGGAGAUGCCAAUGGCAAACUCAUGCUUGCCCAUGCUGCCAGUGCACAAGGAAUUUCAGUUGUUGAACAAAUCUCUGGAAAGGAUCACAUCCUAAAUCAUUUAAGCAUCCCAGCCGCAUGUUUCACUCAUCCAGAGAUUAGUAUGGUUGGACUGACAGAGCCACAAGCCAGAGAGAAGGCAGACAAAGAAGGAUUUGAGGUAAAUGUUGUGAAGACUAGCUUUAAGGCUAACACUAAAGCCUUGGCAGAAAAUGAAGGAGAUGGGAUUGCUAAGUUGAUUUACCGACCUGACACGGGUGAAAUUCUUGGGGUUCACAUUUUGGGUUUGCAUGCUGCUGAUCUCAUCCACGAGGCGUCCAAUGCCAUCGCCCUAGGAACUCGUGUGCAAGACAUCAAGUAUGCUGUUCACGCACACCCCACAUUGUCUGAGGUCCUGGAUGAACUCUUCAAAGCAGCCAAGGUUAAUUCCGGUGUUUCUCAUUCUGUAAAUGAACCAGUUGCAGCCUAG